AUGGUUUGUUUCAGAAAUAUGCUGGUAAUCGUGAUGUUGCUCGCAACUCCGCACUUCGUUGAAUCUACACAAUUGGCAACUUGUGCACAAGGAUGUAGCGGCUAUUUGCCGAACAUGUGUGCGCUGUGCGCCUCACAGGCAUAUGAUGAGAGCUGUGAGGCCGAAGUCGACGUUUAUUACAGGUGUCUGAAAACCUGUAAAGAAUCCCCGACAGUUCCAGACCUUCCUCUACUAUGA